AUGCCGUCGCUAGCUACCCUCGCUAGGCGCUCGCAGGCCCUGCGCACCGCUGAUUUCUCCAAUCUAUGCUGGACUUGUCUUCUCGCCCAGCGCCGACAGCUCUCCAAUGUCUCGCCGCUACCACAGACUUCACUACGCUCCUCUUCUCGUAAAGUGCGAUACAAGUUCGUUGACGCACCGCCGAAACCAUGCAGAGAGACUGGCCAGCUGUCGCAAGCCGCCGAAACUCCUCUAGAAGAAGCACCAAGAAUAAUCCAAGAUUACCACAAAGAUGAAGAGCGAUUGCUCGCCCAGUUGGUUGAUCAGCACCGCCGGCAGGCGACUGAACAGCAAGACGCGAUAGACCGCAUUGCCCGCUCGAGCUCACAAAAUGUGCCAGCGUCCAAGCGAUCCUUUCACACUUCGAGCAGACUCAGACAAGAAGUCGCCGCCACGCCCAUUGUUACUCCACAGCAGGCUGCUGCUAUAAUGCCGAGACGACCCUCCGAUAUGACCACAAUAGAGUACCUGAGACGAUGGCAGGAACAGUACGGUACACCAAACAAAGAGCUGCUCGACGAACUGGGCAUUGAAGCCUAUUCCACCGGGCUCACGGAGAACAUGAAUCGGCUAGGCUCGCCCAACGAUCUCCGCGAUAUCAAACUGCGCGACGAAGAUGAAGAUAGCCGCAGCACCGCUGCUUUUCUUGAUCCGGAAGAUACAAUAGAUGAGGAUCUCGUCGACCGUAUGUUGAAAGUCGGCGACCUUGUUGAGAUCAGUUUCCUUGGAGAUCGUGAGCCCAUAAUUGCCGUCUUCAUCGCACAGUACGGUCAGCAAGGCCAGUUCUACAGCAUGCAGGGGAAAUGGUUCCACCGCACUGCCAAGCAGAUCCUGUUCUCUGUGUCCAGUUUCAUCGACCCCAAGGAGCUCGAGCCCAUCAUUCGCUUCCUACCGAAAGGCGAGGUUUCAGAGGAACUCCUGGACACUAUGCAGACAUUGGACGUCAACGCUCCUCGUGAAAUAGCUGCCCCUGUAUUGAAGCGCCUCAAAGACUUUACCGACGAAGCAGACGCUGCCUACCGUCGGAACGCUUCAAUCUUGGAUCGUGCUCACGAGAUUCUAGCUCAUCCGACGGACCUUCGAUUCGGUACUCUGCAAAAGAUUACCGAGAACUUACUCAAAAUCAAGAACCCCCCAAUUACGAUAAAGUACGCCGUUCGGAAAGCUCUACUCCGACAAAACCUUGCGUUCCAGCUCGAUAGGCGCAGCCACAGACAGACCGGGGUUUUUCAGAUCAUGCCAGUCGAGCUCAAAACACGAACUGAGUUGGCAGUGGAAUGGAUCCGGCAGUUCCAGGAUGAGUUCGCUCGCCGUGCGACUCAAAAGGCAGAACCUGGGCACGCCCCACAGUUCCUGAACAGGACCGACGAGAAGAAAAAGGAGACUGAAGGAGCCGCGAAUGUCCGAAGGUUCGUACAAAAAUGUAGGAAGCUCAUAGACCAGAGCCGCAGCAUGCGUGACUUCACUCCACAUGGUCGCGUCGGCAUCAGCAAAGUUCGCAACGAGAUUACCACAUCCACAAACGCCAUGCAGGACUUCCACUCUCUUGAAUUUACUGAGGCUGACGCUGUCCUUAUUCGAUUCAUCGAAUCAUGGUGCAUCUCGAACAUAACCCAUGCCAGCACGCGCGUAGGCGCCCUUCCACCAGUGGUUCUGCGUGCUCUGGAUAGAUACAAGGACGAAGAGUUGGACCCUCGGGCCGGAUUCACGUUUCUUCAAGAAAUAGGCGUGAUCCCCCCUCAUGAGAACAGGACCAAAUUCGACCCUCACCUCCUGCUACCCACAGCUUCGCACUCAAGGCAGCUAGAGGAGAUGUAUACCGCUCUGGUCAAGAUGGGCGAGGGCCGCAGGAGCGUAAAACUUCGAGAUUGGAUGGAAGAUUAUCGAGUGGACUGGGGUGCCUUGCCCGUGUUCUGCAUCGAUUCGGCCACCGCCGAGGAGAUCGAUGACGGCGUCUCUAUAGAGAACAUCGCCGAUUCCGAGGAUUGCUGGGUCCACGUCCACAUUGCCAAUCCGACGGCUUUCCUUCCCAAGGAACACUUGAUAGCAAAGAUGGCCGCGCACUUGACCGAGAGCAUCUACAUGCCCGAACGAACCUACUCGAUGUUGCCGAAAUGGGUGUCUGACGAGCGUCUAAGCUUGGGCAAAGACCGCCCUUGUCUGACAAUCAGCACAAGGCUCAACGCGAAAGGCGAAGUUGUGGACGACAAGAUCCAAUCGGGAUUCAUCCGCAAUUUUGUCCCUAUCACUCCCCAAACACUGCAUCGCGUCGUAGACGAAAGUGGCGCAAAAGCUGCCGAGGCAAACCCAGACAAGAUCCUUGUCGUCGGAGGAACCGUUCCGUCGCUGCCGCAGAGGAAGAUGACGGAGGCCCAUGAAUUGUCUGAUUCUGAAAAGGAGGAUCUCCGCAAGCUCCACAAACUGGCCCUGGCCCGCCAGGCACGCAGAACCGAAGCCGGCGGUAUCUUUUGGAACCAGAAUUAUCCUGAUAUGAGUGUCUACCACGACCACAGCAACGCGGGCCUUCCAUGGUCUCAUCCUUCUCGCCGUGUGGCUCGCUUUACCGAAGGAGACCCCGUCAUCCAGAUGGUGGCGACGCCGACAGAGUCUUGGUUCCAGCCAGGAGGAACAGGCUCGGAUCUGAUGGUGCGCGAAAUGAUGCUUCUUGCGGGCGAGGUUGGUGCGCUGUGGUGCCAUAAACGCAAAAUCCCAACCAUCUACCGCGGCACUAUGGCGCGCCCAGACAUGAUAUCGAUCCACGAGUACCGAGAAAAGUACAUUCUUCCCACGCUCGACGAGAGCGGCAACCCGCCUGCCAAGAUUGCCUUCAACUACCUCCCGCAUGCCGGCUCGUCCGUCACCUCGAUGCGGCGGCUGCCGCACCAGGUGCUCGGUGUCAAGCAGUACACAAAACUGACGUCGCCGCUGCGCCGCUACGGCGACAUGCUCAUGCACUGGCAGAUUGAGUCGGCGCUGCGGCGCGAGGCCAAGAUAGGGGGCAGCUUGGCCGACAGCCCGCGCGCCGACUACGACGCCAGCUUCCUGGCCUUCAAGCGCAGUGACGUCAAAGCCAUCAUGAACCGGCUGGCGCCGCGCGAGCGCCUCAUCUCCAAGACGAAGCGCGCGUCGCAGUCCUUCUGGCUCUCGCAGCUCUUCUUCCGCGCCUUCUACUACGGCGAGGCCAAGCUGCCCGACACGUUCGAGGUCAUCGUCUACUCCAUUGGCGCCGACUCGUACGAACGCGUCGCCGUCCUCUGGCAGGACAUGAGCUUCGAUCUCGACAUGGACUACCCAAAGGUCGAGCAGGCGCAGGUCGGCGACCGCUGGGAGGUCCGCAUCGUCGCGAUCGACACGUACAACCGUCGUGUCAGGGCGGAGCCGCUGCGCUUGAUCAGCAGGGAGGUCCUGCCGGACUGGAUCGACUUCUGA